GAGGCAGGCAGAGGUUAAGGGACUUGGCAGGGUGGUAUCCGAAGUGGGAUUUGAACUCGUCUUCCAAAUAUAGCACUCUAUUUCACUGCCUAAUUGCCCAAGAAAGGCAAAACGAUUCCCUGCUCUCAAGUUUACUUGCUGCUUCUGCCGUGUACGAACAAAGGUGAAGUGGGUACAGAAUUAGUCGACUUAGGGCCAAGUGAAGAGUUUCAGCUUUUUAUGCCCCUCUUUUUUCGGAGAACAGAUUUUUGCCCCCAAAUCUGAAGCUGGGGUAAUCCCCAGCUGUUUAUUGCAGAAGAAAGAUUUUCAUGGUUCCUUCCCACAACCAUCGGCUGGAGAGGCCAUCCAUUAAUGCUUCCAUUAAAGUGCUCCUGAUGUUUCAUUAUGGCAUAUUGGUGAUACCGGGUUCUGGAAAGCUGUGCCUACAGGUCAGAAGCUCCGGCCAGCCUGUUAUUCUGGAGACCCAAGAAGUCAAGUUGCCAGAGGUUUAUCAACAAGUAGGGUUGAUUGCUUGCCUUUUGGCCACAGAAACUUCUUCUGAGGAUGUAACUGUUCCGGUAUAGUGUCCAUGUGGUCUCAGCCUGAGAGAACUGACUUUGCAGAAGAGACGCAUCCAUCAAGAAAGAAGUGUGUAUCUGAAGGGAGUUGUUGACUUUCCAAAACUGACACACACAUUUUUAGAUCUCUCCGAACCUGUUAGCAAAAGUUGUUCAUGGUACAGUAUCUUAUUCUUUACCCAUCGGAGGCAUGGUACUCUAGGAAGUGGAUUAAGAACUGCUGAUCUCCAGUGUUUCAAAAAUUCACUAGAAUUUCACUGUAAAAGCAUUCGUGUCCCAGGAAUUCAAAAGUCAGAACAAGAAGAGAACAUCAUUGACACCAUGCAUCAGAAAGCCAAAUUCUUCCUCCAAACUCUGAAGUUUAGUAUUGCUUGCUUUGGAAAAUGCACACAGAAGCAGCCUCGUGAUCACCGUCACCUCAUUGAUUGUUGCCCUUGGAUAAAUGUGAGAAAAUGUCACAGCUUUAAGAGUUUGCAAAAUAAAUGCAAGAAAUUGAUGUCAGGAAGAAACAUCACAAGCUGGAGAUUCUCCUAUGCGGAUCUUCUGAAUACUGAACAAGAGAACACAAAAUCCCUUUUAAUAAAUUACUCGGAUUCUAUGGAAAGAUUCAAGAAGAAAAUAGAAGCAUUCUAUGACAAAUACUUACUCACUUUGGACAGCUUAGAGAUUAGAUUUGGUGAUUUUAUUUACUAUGAAGAAGAUGGUUGUAUACUUCGUGUGAAACUUGGAGAUGGUAUUAAUAAUUGUGAAGUUUUACUCCGUUUGGAAGAGCUUUCAUUAUAUAAUGCCUUUGUUGAACGUAUCAGGAUUUCUCCAGGGGAGGAGUACAUGGCAGCCAGCAUAAAAACCUCAGAUUCUGAAGAGUCUAUGUGUGUAAUUGUUAAGCUUGGCAAGUGUCCAAAAGUGGAGGACUUCAUUCCCAAUGUGUUCAGUUUUGAAUGGGCACAGGAUGGCAUUUUAUUAUACACUUGCCAAAAGAACCUUCGAUGUUGUGAUGUAUUUCGAACCAGCUUUGGGAAUAAAAAAUAUACUGAAUGCAUCUACACAGAACAAGAUCCAAGAUUUUUUGUGGACCUGCAUUGUACACGAGACAAGUCGUUCCUCACCAUAAAUAGUAAUAGCAAGACCACUUCUGAAGUGUGGUUGGUGGAUUGUCACCAGCCUUGGGAUCCACCAGUCCUUGUCCAAAAGAGAAGUCCUGGGGUGAUGUACCAUAUUGAGCACAGAAACCGUGAGUUAUAUAUUCUCACAAAUGAUGGAGAGCCUGCAGAAUAUAAGCUAAUGAAGACAUCAGUCAAUUCCUGUAGUAUGAAGAAUUGGCGACUUAUUUAUGCGUUGAAGAGAAAAACCAAGCUUAUUGACAUGGUGAUGUUCAAGGAUCACUGUGUUAUGUUUCUGAAAUACUGCAAUCAACUUUAUCUCAAUACAAUUUCCUUAAAUGAUCAUUCAGUUCAGUCUCUCAAGCUCCCCACGUGGGCCUGUGCGUGCCAGCUGGACCCCCAGCCACAGGACAGCGGCAGUGAUGCGUGCUCUUUUCAGCUCUCCUCUCCCGUGCAUCCUCCAAGGCGUUUUUUGUAUAUGUUAGGAAAAGGCAGUCUCUAUGAGCAAGCUGAGCAAGAGGAACCCAUUGUGACAGAUUGUCACAUGGCACGUUUAGAAGCAAAAAGCAAGGAUGGAACUUUAGUACCAGUGACAAUAUUUUAUAAAAGAAAUUCUGAGAUCAUACAGAAGAAACCUCUUCUUAUUCAUGUAUAUGGAGCUUAUGGGAUAGAUUUAAAUAUGAAUUUCAAAGCUGAGAAUCAAAUGUUAAUUGAAGAUGGAUGGAUAUUAGCAUAUUGUCAUGUUAGAGGUGGAGGUGAAUUAGGCCUCAGUUGGCAUGCUAGCGGCUGUCUGAACAAUAAACUCAAUGGCCUUGCUGACUUAGAGGCUUGUAUAAAGUUUCUUCACAACCUGGGAUUUUCCGAACCCGCGUCUACAGCACUUACAGCUUAUAGUGCUGGAGGUGUGCUGGCAGGAGCAUUGUGCAAUACCAACCCCAGACUUAUUAGGGCUGUGGUUUUACAGGCACCUUUUCUGGACAUUCUCACUACCAUGCUGGACAUACAGCUUCCUCUGACCAGUGAAGAACUCGAAGAGUGGGGAGACCCUUCAUCUGAUGACAAAUACAUGGACUACAUAAAAAGUUACUGUCCCUACCAGAACAUCAGACCCCAGACUUAUCCUUCAAUUAUAAUCACAGCUUAUGAAAAUGAUCAACGUGUACCUCUAAAAGGAAUAUUAAAAUAUACUCAGAGACUCAGAAGAGUUAUCAUGGAUCAAAAACACAACAGAGAUCAUGGAAGAAAGAUUCCUAAAAUUAUUUUAGAUGUUCAGACUGGAGGAAGCCAUGCUGCAGCUUUUUGGGAGGACUCCAUAAUUGAGGUUGCCAAACAUCUUGCUUUUCUGUACAAAGAACUUGGACUUGAUGACACUGGUCCCCUCAACUAAUACCCAUUUUAAGACAAGAUGGAUGCUGAAUGAUGUCUCAUGCAGUGGCAUUGAGUGCCUCAGAAAUGCAAUAAGUUACAGGCUCAUGCUACAUUGGGGCUGGCAGAGCUCAAUAUGGCAGAGUGUGACGUGCUUUAGAAUUAUCUCGCCCAUCAAAAGCCUUGUCUUUGCCUAGGCCAGCACUUCACCCUCCCAUCCACUGGUGCCCUGAAACUUCUUCCCUCAAAUCUCUUUGUGCUUAGCUCCAUCUUCCUUUCUUAGAGUUUGGGAAGGUAACAAAGGCAGUCUAACUGAGAACAGAGGAAAGCUUUUAAGUUUGUUUGGUUUUUUCCUGUGCUUAAACUGAUUGAAACAAGAUAAAAUUCUUCACAUUGAAAUUAAUAAACUAAGACUUCCUGAUCAUC